ACCAGAGCAGUAUCGAUAAUUAAACAUUAGCCAAUGAGAAUGAGUGUGUACAACUACUGAUAAUAGCAAGGGUAAGACAGAUAAAAGAGAGAGGAAGUGUAACCUUGGCAGGGAGUGGACGGGCAGCGAGGGACCAGCCAGGCACCCGACAGUUCAAGCGAGGAUGGCGUGUGAGGCUGCAGUACGCGAAGUGUUCUCUCUUUACGAGCAGUACGGCAAGAGUUCGUACAUCGGGGAGAAGGUGACCCAAGAGCAGCACGCCCUUCAAGCCGCCCACCUGGCGCAGAGAGAGGGUUUCCCGCCAGAGGUGGUGCUGGGGGCUCUGUUGCAUGACGUGGGUCACUUGGUGGGGCUGAGGGACGGCCACGCUCCGAUGAUGACUGACGGCUUAGUGCUGGGGACGCCAAGCCACGAAGUUGUUGGAGAGGAGUACCUGAAAGGCCUCGGCUUUCCGGAGGAAAUAACCAAUUUCGUCAGGAACCACGUGGAGGCGAAGAGGUAUCUGGUGGCAACCGACCCUAAAUAUUACGAAGGUCUUAGUGAAGCCAGUCGCCACACGCCCCACCAGGGAGGACCAAUGAAAGAGGAAGAGGUGCUCAGUUUCAAGACAAAUCCCAACUUCCAGGCCGCUCUCCGCAUGCGCUUCUGGGACGAAAAAGCCAAAGACCCUGAGGCGCACACGCCUCCCAUCAAGGAGUACGAGAACUUGUGCCUCACAUACCUGAAGUAGGCAACGAAGGCAUAAAUAUAUGAAAGUAAAGAAUAAAGCCUUUAUAUCUAUAUAUCUAUAUCUAUAUCUAUCUAUCUAUCUAUCUAUCUAUCUAUCUAUCUAUCUAUCUAUCUAUAUAUAUAUAUAUAUAUAUAUAUAUAUAUAUAUAUAUAUAUAUAUAUAUAUAUAUAUAUAUAUAUAUAUAUAUAUAUAUAUUGUAGGAACGAAAAACGCUAUUCGGGGAAUAGAUGCAAGGCAUUUAAAUGAUUUGUGCUACAUAUUUUUUACUGUGUUACUUUUUACUACUUAUGCUGGAAGAGAGUACCAAAUUAUAACAAACAAUAACAUAGUUGUUAAUGUUAACGUUAUAUAUAUAUAUAUAUAAAAAAAACUUGAAACAUUUUUAAGAGCAAUGCAUUGGUUUCUCUCAGAAAACCAGUCUUCUAUUCAUCUGAGAACUUUGUUGUCUAUACCAUGUAAUUUCAAUUUAUCUAGUAGCUGUUUGAUUAAAGAGAACUUUAUUUAACGUAUUUUCGAAGUCCAGGUAAUCUACUUCUAUUGCUUUUGUUUUUGUUGACAUCUAAAAAAGUCAUUAGAAAUAAGCUACAGUUAAAACUAAAACUUAAAAAAAAAAAAAAAAAAAAGUCAUUUAGUGUGUCAGCAAUCUCAAUAUUUUCUGUGUCAAAUUACAUUAGGUGAAUCGGGCUUAUGACAAUGUGAUAUAAUAUUUUUUUUAUGCAGCACAUAAAAUGUAAAAUUCUUUGGGGUUAAAUUUAGAGACGCUUGCAAUAUAUAUUUCAAAAUUUUUCCUACUGUUCAAUAAACUUCUUUGCUUCUUGCUAAAGUUUAUCAUAGACGUCUACUACCUCCUCUGCAGGAAUAAGUAAUAGAAACCUACCGAAACGAUAAUUUACUCCCAACAAGGUCUUAUAGCACUAGUUCAAGGGGUGCAGUGAACUUUCCAUUAAAGCUAGUUGUAAACUC